UUCCACCACUCUCAUUUAUAGUCUUCUUCUUCCCCUUUCUUCUCUCUCUUUCUCUGAGUCGGAGGGUGAUAAAGUUUUUCUACGGCAGUUUCAGAUCUCAUCAGUAGUAGUUUUGUAGUUUCUCUGAGUAUAGAUCCUGGUUCUGAACCCUCGUUUUGAGGGUUUUGUAUCCUCCAUUUGAAACCAAUCUAGUAGUUGUCUCUAGUGUCGAUCUAGACACCAUGGCUGCUGCUAAUGCUCCUAUCACCAUGAAGGAGGCCUUGACUUUACCGUCAAUUGGCAUUACUCCACAAUUCAUUACGUUUACUCAUGUUACUAUGGAAUCGGAUAAGUACAUAUGUGUAAGGGAGACAUCACCACAGAAUAGUGUUGUUAUUAUUGAUAUGAGCAUGCCUAAUCAACCACUAAGAAGGCCUAUCACCGCGGACUCGGCUUUGAUGAAUCCUAAUUCCAGAAUUCUUGCUUUGAAAGCUCAACUUCCGGGAACUACUCAGGAUCACCUACAAAUAUUCAACAUUGAAAUGAAAGCGAAAAUGAAGUCCCAUCAAAUGCCUGAACAGGUUGUCUUUUGGAAGUGGAUUUCCCCAAAAAUGUUAGGCCUGGUCACUCAAACCUCGGUAUAUCAUUGGUCAAUUGAAGGUGAAUCAGAUCCUGUAAAGAUGUUUGAUAGAACAGCCAAUUUGGCAAGUAAUCAAAUAAUCAACUACAGAUGUGAUCCUUCCGAGAAAUGGUUGGUUUUGAUUGGAAUUGCACCCGGUUCACCUGAGAGGCCGCAACUUGUCAAAGGAAACAUGCAGCUUUUCUCUGUGGAACAGCAACGAAGUCAGUCGCUUGAAGCUCAUGCUGCAUCUUUUGCUUCACAUAAGAUUCCAGGGAAUGAAAACCCUUUUACUCUCAUCUGUUUUGCCACGAAGACCACCAAUGCUGGGCAAAUUACGUCAAAAUUGCAUGUGAUUGAGCUUGGUGCCCAGCCAGGCAAACCAGCUUUUUCAAAGAAACAAGCAGAUCUUUUCUUUCCUCCAGAUUUCGCUGAUGACUUUCCGGUGUCAAUGCAGAUAUCACAUAAGUACAGCUUGAUCUAUGUGAUUACAAAGCUUGGGCUUUUAUUUGUGUAUGAUCUCGAGACAGCUACAGCAGUUUACAGGAACAGAAUUAGUCCAGAUCCUAUAUUUUUGACGGCGGAAGCUUCAUCUGUAGGAGGCUUUUAUGCUGUGAAUCGGCGUGGACAAGUUCUGCUUGCUACUGUUAAUGAGGCAACUAUUGUGCCUUUUGUCAGCGGCCAGUUAAACAAUCUUGAACUUGCUGUAAAUCUUGCCAAAAGGGGAAACCUUCCUGGGGCAGAAAAGUUGGUUGUCCAGCGCUUCCAAGAAUUGUUCUCUCAGACAAAAUACAAGGAGGCUGCAGAGCUUGCUGCAGAAUCCCCACAGGGUAUCCUGCGUACUCCAGACACUGUUGCCAAAUUUCAGAGCGUUCCUGUUCAAGCGGGGCAAACUCCCCCACUUCUGCAGUACUUCGGGACAUUGUUAACCAGAGGAAAGCUCAAUGCAUUUGAAUCACUGGAGUUAUCACGACUUGUUGUGAAUCAGAACAAAAAGAAUCUUUUGGAGAAUUGGUUGGCUGAGGAUAAACUUGAAUGCAGUGAGGAACUUGGAGACCUUGUGAAGACUGUGGAUAAUGAUCUUGCACUGAAGAUAUACAUCAAGGCUAGAGCUACUCCUAAAGUUGUUGCGGCCUUUGCUGAACGAAGGGAAUUUGAUAAAAUUCUCAUCUACUCGAAGCAGGUUGGAUACACACCUGAUUAUUUAUUCCUCCUGCAAACAAUUCUGCGAUCAGACCCCCAGGGAGCUGUCAAUUUUGCUUUGAUGAUGUCUCAAAUGGAAGGUGGAUGUCCAGUUGAUUAUAACACAAUCACCGAUCUUUUCCUACAGCGGAACCUGAUUCGUGAGGCAACAGCCUUUCUAUUGGAUGUUCUGAAGCCGAAUUUGCCAGAGCAUGGUUUUCUACAGACAAAGGUCCUGGAGAUCAAUCUAGUUACUUUUCCAAAUGUAGCGGAUGCGAUCUUGGCCAAUGGCAUGUUCAGUCACUACGACCGUCCUCGCGUUGCUCAGCUUUGUGAAAAAGCUGGACUGUAUGUCCGUGCUCUCCAGCAUUAUGCAGAGUUGCCUGACAUCAAACGAGUUAUUGUGAAUACACAUGCGAUUGAGCCACAGUCACUUGUAGAGUUCUUUGGGACUCUUUCCAAGGAAUGGGCUCUGGAGUGCAUGAAGGACCUUUUACUUGUUAAUCUGAGAGGAAAUCUUCAGAUAAUUGUGCAGACUGCCAAGGAAUAUUCAGAGCAGUUGGGUGUUGAGGCGUGCAUAAAACUCUUUGAGCAAUUCAAGUCUUAUGAAGGUUUAUACUUCUUCUUGGGAUCGUACUUGAGUUCCAGUGAGGAUCCUGAAAUUCACUUCAAGUACAUUGAAGCUGCUGCUAAGACUGGACAAAUUAAGGAGGUUGAACGUGUGACAAGAGAAUCAAACUUCUAUGAUGCUGAGAAGACCAAAAAUUUCCUUAUGGAGGCCAAACUUCCAGAUGCACGUCCAUUAAUUAAUGUCUGUGAUCGUUUUGGUUUCGUUCCUGACCUCACCCACUACCUCUACACUAACAACAUGCUGCGGUACAUUGAGGGUUAUGUACAAAAGGUCAAUCCAGGGAAUGCUCCUCUAGUUGUAGGGCAGCUUUUGGAUGAUGAAUGCCCUGAAGAUUUCAUCAAAGGACUUAUUCUUUCUGUUCGUUCACUUCUCCCAGUGGAGCCCCUUGUGGAUGAAUGUGAGAAGAGGAAUCGUCUUCGCUUACUGACCCAGUUCCUGGAGCAUCUUGUAAGUGAAGGGAGUCAAGAUGUGCAUGUUCAUAAUGCCCUGGGUAAAAUUAUCAUUGAUAGCAACAACAAUCCUGAGCAUUUCCUCACCACCAAUCCAUACUAUGAUUCACGCGUAGUUGGUAAAUAUUGUGAAAAAAGGGACCCAACCUUGGCAGUUGUUGCUUACCGUAGAGGACAGUGUGACAGUGAACUUAUCAAUGUCACAAACAAGAAUUCCUUGUUCAAAUUGCAAGCCAGGUAUGUGGUGGAGAGGAUGGAUUCAGACCUCUGGGAUUUGGUUCUUAACCCUGAAAAUGAGUAUAGAAGACAGCUAAUUGAUCAAGUAGUUUCCACUGCCUUGCCUGAAAGCAAGAGCCCAGAGCAAGUUUCUGCGGCAGUCAAAGCUUUCAUGACAGCUGAUCUUCCACACGAGCUAAUUGAGCUGCUUGAAAAAAUCGUACUUCAAAACUCUGCUUUCAGUGGAAACUUUAAUCUGCAAAAUCUUUUGAUUCUGACAGCCAUUAAAGCAGAUGCGUCUAGAGUUAUGGAUUACAUCAAUAGGCUGGACAAUUUCGAUGGACCUGCUGUUGGGGAGGUGGCUGUGGAAGCUCAACUGUUUGAAGAAGCAUUUGCCAUUUUCAAGAAGUUCAACUUGAAUGUCCAGGCUGUGAACGUUCUUUUGGAUAAUAUUCAAAGCAUUGAACGAGCUGAGGAGUUUGCAUUCCGUGUUGAAGAAGAUGCUGUUUGGAGUCAGGUGGCCAAGGCCCAGCUCAGGGAGGGUUUAGUGAGCGAGGCUAUUGAGUCAUUCAUCCGUGCUGAUGAUGCCACUCAUUUCUUAGAUGUUAUUAAGGCUUCCGAGGAUGCAAAUGUGUAUCAUGAUCUAGUGAAGUACCUCUUGAUGGUUAGACAAAAGUCCAAGGAGCCUAAGGUGGACAGUGAGCUUAUUUAUGCAUAUGCUAAGAUUGAUAGGUUGGGUGAUAUUGAAGAGUUUAUUCUAAUGCCGAAUGUUGCUAAUCUCCAAAGUGUUGGUGAUCGGUUAUAUGAUGAAGAACUCUAUGAGGCUGCCAAGAUCAUAUUUGCUUUCAUUUCCAACUGGGCCAAGCUGGCAGUUUGUCUUGUUAAGCUUAGACAGUUCCAAGGUGCUGUUGAUGCAGCUCGUAAGGCCAACAGUGCAAAGACAUGGAAGGAAAUUUGCUUUGCCUGUGUUGAUGCCGAGGAAUUCCGUUUGGCUCAGAUAUGUGGGCUCAACAUCAUCAUACAGGUGGAUGACUUGGAGGAGGUCAGUCAAUUCUAUCAGAACAGAGGCUGCUUCAACGAAUUAAUUUCUCUAAUGGAGAGCGGUCUAGGUUUGGAGCGUGCACAUAUGGGUAUCUUUACCGAGUUAGGAGUCCUAUAUGCCAGGUAUCGUCCAGAGAAGCUCAUGGAACAUAUCAAGCUGUUCUCAACCCGUCUCAAUAUUCCCAAGCUUAUUAGAGCAUGCGAUGAGCAACAACACUGGAAGGAAUUAGUAUAUUUAUACAUACAGUAUGAUGAAUUCGACAAUGCUGCAACCACCAUCAUGAAUCAUUCUCCAGAAGCAUGGGAUCACAUGCAAUUUAAAGAUGUGGCAGUUAAAGUUGCAAAUGUGGAACUAUACUACAAGGCGGUCCACUUUUACUUGCAAGAACACCCUGAUCUUAUUAAUGAUAUGCUCAAUGUGCUCGCUCUUCGUGUGGACCAUACUCGUGUUGUAGACAUAAUGCGCAAGGCUGGUCACCUGCUCCUUGUGAAACCAUACAUGGUUGCCGUUCAGAGCAACAAUGUCUCUGCUGUGAAUGAGGCGUUGAAUCAAAUCUACGUCGAGGAGGAAGACUAUGAUAGGCUGCGCGAAUCAAUUGACAUGCAUGAUAAUUUUGAUCAGAUAGGCCUUGCACAAAAGGUUGAGAAACACGAGCUUCUUGAAAUGAGAAGAAUAGCUGCCUAUAUUUACAAGAAAGCAGGUAGGUGGAGGCAGUCCAUUGCAUUGUCAAAGAAGGACAACCUUUACAAAGAUGCCAUGGAGACAUGUUCUCAAUCUGGUUAUCGUGAGCUUUCAGAGGAGUUGCUCGUGUAUUUCAUUGAACAGGGUAAAAAGGAGUGCUUUGCAUCAUGCCUCUUUGUUUGUUAUGAUUUAAUCCGGCCUGAUGUUGCCCUUGAGCUUGCCUGGAUGAACAAUAUGAUCGAUUUUGCCUUCCCGUACCUAUUGCAAUUUAUCCGUGAGUACACUGGUAAAGUUGAUGAGCUGGUUAAGGAUAGAAUUGCGGCCCAAAGUGAAGUUAAGGUCAAAGAGCAGGAGGAGAAAGAUAUGGUAGCACAACAGAACAUGUAUGCUCAAUUGCUACCACUUGCAUUGCCUGCACCACCAAUGCCCGGUAUGGGAGGUGGCGGGGGGAUGGGAGGAGGUUAUGGUCCUCCACCCCCCAUGGGAGGUAUGGGAAUGCCUCCGAUGCCAGCAUAUGGAAUGCCCCCGAUGGGUUACCAAUGAUCCAAGUUAAAGCAAGAAAAUUAUAUUGAACGGUGGUCAUUUGUAAACACCAGCAGACAGAGCAUCGGAGAAGUCUGUGGCAUCAGGUUGAUGGGAUGAAGGAUGUGUAAUUCUAAUUUAGGGGAUGUGAAGGGAGUCAGAGAAAUAAGAUAUAAUGAUCCAUAUUCUUUGUUUUUUCUAUCCGGCAUAUAGAUGUUAUUAGUUUGCAAAAGAUAUUCUUUUGGUAGCAGAGAAAGGGGGCAUAUGUAUUUUCUUUUCUUACCUCUAUUGGAAGGCUGAGCUGACUGUCCUGUCUUAUCAUCUCUUAGUUUAUUGUAUUCCGAGAAUCAUCGGGAGUUCUGAUGCUAGCAAAAGAAGGAAGGAAAAGAUCGUGGAGUGGUGGCGUACUUGUGUUGUAUCAUCUCUUAACUUCACAGAUGAUUGCAGUUUGUGGUUUAUCGGCUGAAGCUGCUUCAUGUAUAGGUGGUUUAAUCCUUCUUGUUGAGCAGCAGGAUUUGGCACUCCAGUAUUUUGUACUUUUUAGAUGUGUAUGUGAUUGUUUUUAUUCUGUUGGCUGUGUUUUUUUCGUGUUCAUUCUCACAUGUCAUAAAAACUUAGAUUACUCUUCGGAAUAUUAUUAAUGAUGAAUCCAGUCUGCGGAUGGAACCAUGAGUCAUUUCCCCUUUGUUAUUGUGUGUGUGUUUUUUGUGUGUGUGGAUAUGGAACAAUUAUUUUCUCCCCAAUGGCGUAACAACCAUGAUGAUGAAGAGUUGGGCUAUUAUAGCUGCUCAACCCCAUUAAUGGAUGUUCCAACAUUUAUUGU